CAAACGAACUAGCUAUCGACUGGAGCCCCGGAGAGAGAGCUAGAGAGAGAGAACGUACGAGUGUGUUGGGAAGAAGAGAAUGACGACCUUCGAUCUCUUCUCAGCGGUGCGUGAUGGGAACGCGGAGGUGGUGCACCGCCUUCUGCAGACGCGCCAGUUUCGGGCGAGGCUCAACGCGCGGAACGAGUGGGGAGACACGGCGCUCCACCUCGCGGCCGAGGCCGGCAACUCCGAGAUCUGCCACAUGUUGAAGGCCGCCGGCGCCUCGGUUACGGUGCGCAACAACCGCGGAGAAACGUGUCUUCACCGCUCGUCGGUCGGCGGUCACGUUGAAGCCUGCAGAACCAUUGUCGGUACUGGACAGGAUCCUGAAGUGGUCAACUCAACCAACGACGCUGGAUACACGGCGCUGCACCACGCGGCUCGUCACGGCUCCAGGGAACUGAUCGAGAUCCUGCUCAAGGCCAACGCCGAUCGCAUGAUUGAGAAUAACGCAGGAGAGACUCCGUAUAUGGUGGCCCAACGCUUCCAACAGUACGAAGCCGAACGCUUGCUACUAAACAUCGAACAGCAACACGCUGAUCAGGCAACUAGCGAGAUGAAUCGGAAGGAGAAGGACAUCAUUCGUGCCUACCUGAGAGCCAUUCGCUAUGCCAGUCACCUGGAAUCUCGCAUCAGGAUCGUGCUAGUGGGCGAUACAGGCACUGGUAAGAGUGCUCUGAAGAAGACUGUGUACGGUGAGUGGUACGACCCACGACACAAACCUACACUGGGGAUCGAUGCAGACCCUUCCAUCACUCGCAUCACCUUCAAACAGUACAAGGAAUGGGUCCUCCAGAAUGCAUCAAAGGCUGACACGCGUCGACUCAAUCUGGAGUACAUUGACAUCAUCAUUGACUAUGUUCUCAAUGCUCUCCAGCAACCUUGGGUGUCGGACGACGCGUUUGACAUUGGAAAUCUUCAAAUUGCGAAGGGGCGGGUGCCGACGGUAGGGUUUAACCCCUCGGAGACUGUGAUUCCAGAGAGUUUGGUGGAGUCCGAGACGGUAGCGGAGAAGGAGGGGAGGGAAGGAGGAGAAGCUGGAGAGGGUAUGGGGGAAGAGGAGGAAGAGGAGGUGGUUGAGGGUGAAGAUGGGAAAAGUUCACCACAGGGCGAGCUCGGUGUAACGGAGGGAGAAACGGCUGAUCGAGUGCGCAGAAAAAGGGCAAAUCCAUCGGACGGGGAUUCUCACGUGCGUCCACCCACACCCCUUAGUGAGGCAACAAGCAGCAGCAGCGUUCUUCCAGGCAGCACCUCUUCCAUAGAAUCAACCAGCCCUCCAGUAGAGGUCAGCCAAAGUCCGGCGGUCAUCCGAACAACGGCAGUGACGACAGUCUGAGAAAUAGCCACUUACAUCCCCCGAGUACGUUUCCCGCCUCUUCUUCCAUUGAGUCGACUAGUGGCUCUGGAAGGUCUCGACAAAAGUCGACACGUGCAAGCCGCAGCAGUAGCGACAGUUUGAAGAGAAACCGCCAUUUGCGUCCUCCCAGGAGGAAUUCCCACGGCUCGAGGGUGAGUUCAGAUCUAAACAGCUCAGGCGUUUCGUCUGCUUCUCGACAGCCGAGCGACGCCGGCAAAUUGACGGGGAACAGGGAUAGCCUGUCAGACAUCGGCGAGUCUUUCUUUCGGGCAAAGGGCGAGCUCUCGCGGCUCCUCGUUGAGAAUAUCCCGCGGGAGAUUCUGAAGAGAAUGGUGAUAAGAUGGCCGGUCGGCGACGAGCAAGCGGUGGUGAGUCGCACCGAGCUCAACCGGAAGAGACUCAUGAUCACGGUGUGGGACGUCUCCGGUGACCCA